GGCGCAUUAUGCUACCAUGCACUGCUACGAGUCUCUAACAGAAAGAAACGUAUCAUCCUAAUAACUGGUUCCACUGAUGGAAUUGGGCGACAGACUGCGUUGGAAUUGGCAGCGCAUCACACUAAUUUUGUAAUCAUACAUGGCAGAAAUGCAAAGAAGUGCGAAGCAGCAAUAGAUUACAUAAUCAAAGAAAACAAACUGGAGAAUCGUUCGAAUCUAGACUAUGUUGUUGCUGAUUUUUCAGAUUUAUACGAGGUUGCAAAAAUGGCUGAAGAAGUGGAAGAACGAUUCCCUGGCUUGAAUGUGCUGCUUUGCAAUGCUGGAGUACUUUUACCGAAAAGAACAGAAAGUCGAAAUGGUCUAGAACUUACAUUUCAAGUUUGUAUUUGCUUUGGUUCAAGUCUGGCCAACACACUACUCCUCAUCAGGCGACAAUGUCUCCUAAAGGAAAAUGAAAUGGUUCAGUCGGUUGCUGUUCAGUUCGGAGCGCUAAUGCUGAAAUUGUACUCCCGGCAAGAGUAA